GCACCUGCAAGACAGAGCCAUGUGAAUUCUUCUUCUGUAUGUCCCACUCUUGUAUAAGAAGCCCACGGUUUCUAUCACCCCAAGGAAAUUGGUUGUAUAUAUAUUGCAUUGUUUUCAUAUCCAAAGCAGAACAACUUCUUCAUCUAACCUGAUAAGCUAAAGGAGAACUCUAAGCUGAAUCUUUUCCCCAAGAUCCAUAUAUAAACAGAACAAAAAAAAUGGGCGUGGUCCGAGGUCUUAUGAGUGCAAAGAAGAUCUUUCAAGGCCGAUCAAUGACGGCUUCGACACCAAAGGGGUUUCUUGCAGUGUACGUUGGAGAAAGCCAGAUGAAAAGAUACAUAGUGCCAGUCUCAUAUUUGAACCAGCCUUCAUUUCAAGCUUUGUUGAGUAAAUCCGAACAAGAGUUUGGGUUUGAUCAUCCAAUGGGCGGCUUGACCAUCCCUUGUCCUGAAGAUACUUUUAUCACUGUCACUUCUCAGCUUCAUUAGUUCCAAUUCACAAGGAUCACAUAUAUGUAACAAUUUUUUUUAGAUCAUUAGAUUUAGAAGAUAUUUAGAACCCAGUGUAAUUACUUACAUAGAAGAGAAAGCAAAUGUAAAUCACCUUUCUUGUCUGAUA